UUUUUGUUUUGGGUAAAAAAAAGAAACAAACCAUAUAGAUCCAGGAGAACCCAUGUUUCGUUUUAGAAAGAUAAGAUAAAGGCUUCGACUUUUUAGGGUUUUUUUUUUUUUUUUACUUCUUUCUUUUGUUGUUGUUGUUGUUGUUGUGUGAUUCAAAUCAAUCCUCUCUGUUUCUUAUUGUCCUUGCUCUUAUUCAAGUUUCACCUGACUUUUGUUAUUUGGAUAAAGUUUUGAGCUUUGUGUCCAGUACUCUCUCUUGUGAUCUCUCUUGGAAAAGUAAUAAAAGGUUGAAUUUUUUUUGAGGGGGUUUCUAAAUUAGGUUUAGUGUGGGAUUAUUGAGUGUUUUUAUCUUUCUGAUUCGAUGAAGAUCAAGAGUUAUUAAGGAUCGUAAAGAGUGAUCACAAUUACAGAGGAUCCGUUUCGUAGAUCCGUCAGAUCUGUUCACCUGGAGGUACGCCACUUCUUCUUGAUUCACUUAGUUAGUGUGGAAAAAAACGCCGGUUUGGGUUCCUGUGGAAAGCUGAAUUUGGAUGUAGUAUCACUAUAAUCAGACCAUAGCUUUAGAGAAAGGAAGAUGAAGGUUAUUGAAUCCCUUAGCUCUGUUUGUAGUCGUUAAAGGUUGUGGCAGCUGCUUAGGAACUCAUGGAAGAGAUUGCACCUGCGGUUGCACUGACUUUGAGUUUAGCCAACACCAUGUGUGACUCUGGAAUCUCUUCUACUUUAGAUAUUACCGAGCUGGAAAAUGUUACUGAUGCUGUUGACAUGUUGUCUGAUCACAAAGGUCAUAGAUAUUGUAAUGGAGUGGUCGAUUCUAUGAUGGAACAUGUUUCAGAAGAACCACAAGAGAACACUUUAUCUGAAGUGAGAAGCUUGUCUUCUGAUUUUAGUGGAACUGUCCAAGAAUCAGAAGAAGAUGAGCCAUUAGUUUCUGAUGCCACUAUUAUAAGCGAGGGUUUAAUAGUUGUGGACGCUAGGUCUGAGAUAAGCUUGCCAGAUACAGUUGAAACAGAUAACAAGCGAGUUCUUGCUACGGCCAUUAUCCUCAACGAGACCACCAUAGAACAGGUUCCCACAGCUGAAGUCCUUAUUGCGAGUCUGAAUCACGAUGUGAAUAUGGAGGUGGCAACUUCAGAGGUAGUCAUUAGGUUGCCUGAAGAAAAUCCUAAUGUAGCAAGAGGAAGCAGGAGUGUCUAUGAACUAGAGUGUAUACCUCUUUGGGGCACAAUCUCAAUUUGCGGUGGAAGAUCUGAAAUGGAGGAUUCUGUUAGAGCUUUACCUCAUUUUCUGAAAAUACCCAUCAAAAUGCUUAUGGGGGAUCAUGAAGGGAUGAGUCCAAGUCUCCCAUAUCUCACUAGCCACUUCUUUGGUGUAUAUGAUGGCCACGGAGGCGCUCAGGUUGCUGACUAUUGUCAUGAUAGGAUCCACUUUGCUUUGGCUGAAGAAAUCGAACGGAUCAAAGAGGAAUUGUGUAGGAGGAACACUGGCGAGGGUAGGCAGGUCCAGUGGGAGAAAGUCUUUCUAGAUUGUUUCCUAAAGGUCGAUAACGAGGUUAAAGGGAAAAUCAACAGACCUGUUGUUGGUUCUUCUGAUAGGAUGGUUCUUGAAGCUGUUUCCCCUGAAACCGUCGGAUCAACUGCUGUGGUUGCUUUGGUUUGUUCAUCGCAUAUAAUAGUCGCUAACUGUGGUGACUCAAGAGCGGUUUUACUCCGAGGCAAAGACUCCAUGCCUUUAUCAGUUGACCACAAACCAGAUAGAGAGGAUGAGUAUGCAAGAAUAGAAAAAGCUGGAGGAAAGGUUAUACAAUGGCAAGGUGCUCGUGUUUCUGGCGUUCUUGCCAUGUCCAGGUCCAUCGGUGAUGAAUAUCUGGAGCCAUAUGUAAUACCAGAUCCCGAAGUGAUGUUCAUGCCACGAGCUAGAGAAGAUGAAUGUCUUAUAUUGGCCAGUGAUGGACUUUGGGAUGUAAUGAGUAACCAAGAAGCUUGCGAUUUUGCGAGGAAACGGAUCUUGGCUUGGCACAAGAAGAAUGGAGCACUGCCUUUAGCUGAGAGGGGUGUAGGGGAAGACCACGCGUGUCAAGCAGCGGCUGAUUAUCUCUCCAAGCUCGCUCUUCAAAAGGGAAGCAAAGACAAUAUCUCGAUCAUAGUGGUCGACUUGAAAGCUCAAAGAAAGUUCAAGACCAGAUCUUGAAACACUGUACGCUCGAGCUCUUACACUAUUAUAAUUUUAUUAUUUCUAAUUUUUUAAAAAAGUUUCAACAAGUUUACAUAAAAAUAAGAAGUGAAAUGUUGGGGGAAGAAGAAUCAAGACCUUGAUGAUGCAUAGCUAAAAAAGUCCAUUCCUUUUUCUCAUGGACUUGAAUGUGUAUGUUUGUUAUGUAUAAGAAGAAUAGAGAAGAAGUGUUUCUUUUUAUAAUUUUUAUCUUGGGAUCUUCAUAAAAAGUGUAGGUGGAUAUGUUGUAAUAUUGGAGAUGUGGCGUAUGGGAAUUGUAAUUGAAUUUUAUGUCA